ACCACGAAACACGACGAUGAUACCGUGAAGUGUUCGAUUUCUAUUCUCUUCAAUCCUUGGACCUCUCCGACGGCGAGAACUCGAUACAGUUAAUCGAGGAGAUCCAACGUUCACGGAAGAUGUCGGCCACGCAAUUGCUCUACAGCCACACGAGGCCCGGAAGAAUAUUGCUCCUGAAGGCGUUCUCGGCCUCUCAAGUAGUGUGCUGGACGUACAUGGGUUACGCUACCUACGACAUCUACGCUACCAAGAAGUCUCUGAAGAAAACAAAGCUGGACCCGGACGCAUCAGCUGUAUAUAAGGUCACGAACUUCAUCGGACAAAGCUCUGUGACUAAAGUUGUGAGCUGGCUCGCCGUCGGAAUCGGGUUUGCAAUGAGUGCUGCGUCCGGGAUGCUGGCUCGACAAACCGUCAAGAGUGUGCAUCUGGUGAACCGGAAUCGGAUCAUCAUGAGCACCUACGGUUUUCCGUGGGAGAGGAACUUCACGGUUCCGGUAUCGGAGAUACAGAGUGUCCGACCACAAGCGAGUCCUCAUUAUCUGCGUCUGAGGGUCCACGGCGAGCCCAUACCGUACAUUAUAGAUCGCGACGGUUCUUUCCCGCUGCCGAAGCUGUUUCAUGCCGCAGUUGCUCCCUCUCAUUCUGUCUAGACGGUAAUAAAUAUGUUUAUUAGUCCCCUAUGUUUUCGGGUCAA